AACACGGAGAAAGUAGCUGAAUAACAAAAUUUUGAUUUUUGACUCUCUAAAAUAAAUAUCUGUGAAUAAAAAGAAUCUUGUUUAGCAAAUGUUGAGAUCCUCAUUUCGGCUUCUCUAUAUAAGAACCAAUCAUCUGGUUCGAGUUUCAUCAUCAUCAUCAUCAUUAUCGCUUUCUCUGUUUCCAUCUAAGUUCGAUUCUGCGAAACCUCUUUUCAACUCUCAUCGGAUUCGUCCUCUUCCUUUAUCGACAACGGGAGCUAAACUUUCUAGGUCUGAACAUUCGAUGGCUGCUACUUCCGAGCCUAAAUCCGUCUAUGAUUUCACCGUCAAGGAUGCGAAGGGAAAUGAUGUUGAUUUAAGCACUUACAAGGGGAAAGUUCUCUUGAUCGUGAACGUUGCUUCUCAGUGUGGCUUGACUAAUUCGAACUACACUGAGCUUGCGCAGCUGUAUCAGAAGUACAAAGAUCAUGGGUUUGAGAUCCUUGCAUUCCCGUGUAACCAGUUUGGUAACCAAGAACCUGGCUCUAAUGAAGAGAUUGUUCAGUUUGCUUGUACCCGUUUCAAGGCUGAGUACCCAAUAUUCGACAAGGUUGAUGUGAACGGUGACAAGGCUGCCCCAAUCUACAAGUUUCUAAAAUCAAGCAAAGGCGGGCUUUUUGGAGAUGGCAUCAAGUGGAACUUCGCUAAGUUCUUGGUUGACAAAGAUGGAAAGGUCGUUGACCGUUACGCGCCAACUACAUCUCCUCUCAGCAUCGAGAAGGACCUGAAGAAAAUGUUGGGAGUUACUGCUUAAGCAAAGGAAAUAUCAGUCAAAUAAAAGUUUGUAGUAUUGUAUUGCCAAUACUGUAAUAAGCUCUGUCUGAGUUCUUGAGUGUAUUUGGGAUUAGUUGUUUCCUACUACUUAAACACGUCAUUAGUAACUAAUCUAUGUGAUAUCAUAGAUCUAAAUAUCAGAUUUCCCUUUACUGUAUA